AUGGGCCGCCCGAUGAAACCUGCUUCUGAUAAGCCCAUCAAACCAAAGAAAUAUAACAAGAAUGGGUGUAUAUCAUGCAAGAAGCGAAAACGAAAAUGUGAGAAUGAAGCUUGGCCUUGCAAACUGUGCGCCAGACUAGGUCUAGAAUGUAGUGGCCUGAACCAGUUGUCGAACUUACCCACGAAGAACGAUCUUCUGUUACAACAAAUUGAUCAGUGCAUGCAAUUGAAGGAGAAUGAAAAGCUCUAUUUAAAGUAUUUUGUUAAUGAGGUUGCACCCAUACUGUUUGCAAAAAGCCAUGUGCAUGUGUUCCUCGACAAAGUGUUUUCUUUAGCGUUGGUUUAUGAGCAAAUACGUGAUCCAAUAAUUGGGAUCGCCGCCACUCACCGAUCUUGUCUUCUUGCCCAAGAUAUUCCUCCCACCAGGGUUCUCUCUCCAGCCUUAAGGGACUCAAACAUUUACAGAUCUCGAGCGAAACUCACCGAAUAUGGUCCGACAAGUGAAGAUGUAGAACUGAUUUCUGUUCUUCUCUUGGUUAUGAUGGAAAUACUGGUCGGGGACAACUUGGACUGGUUCUCCUUGUUGAAAAAAGCCAACAGAAUACUGGAGAGAAGUGGAGGCAUCAAAGCGGUCACUUCCGAUACCGAGGACGAAUUGAAGCUGAUUAAUAUCCAAUUAUUUUGCUACCUCGAUUUCGUUUCAAGUUUGAGCACUUGCAACCCACCGUACCUCGAGCUGCAACAGCUAGACCGGCUUGAGAUGGAAGGAGUAUCUCCAGAGAGCCUGGGAGAAUUCAACAUCGUUGGUCUGGUAGAAUCAGACGAUAUCGAUCUCGACAAGAUCAUGAAAUCACAUUUUUUAGCAUCUUCUUUUGGAGACAGGGAUACUUCUGCGAUAUUAAAGAUUGAACUCGGGUUCAAGUUUGGAAUAGCUGGUGACAUAUUCAAAAUUAUGGGUAAUAUAUCUACACUGGCAAGUCUCCGUAAACUUCGCCAACAAGACCCGAAAUACGAAUAUCAAUUCAAUAAGUUUGCUAGCGACAUUGAGAUGGAACUGCAAAACUGGGAUGUUCCACAGGAGAUUAAUUUUGAAAAUAUUUCCGAUUUCCAGAGAACGCAGUAUGCACUAGCUCUACAAUGGGCGUGCUUUCUACGUCUCCACCAAAUCCGAUAUGGCUACAACAGAGAUGAUUCAAGACCAAAAAGCUGCCUAAUAAACAUACUCCAAGCAAUCGAGUCAAUUCCUGAGAGAUCACAGCUUGAAGGAGGUUUGCUAGUACCACUAAUUCUAGCCGGCUCCGUUGCUACCCUAGAGAAAGAUCGCAAAUUUAUUCGUCGUAGGAUGAAUAAUAUCAGUAGGACACUGAGAUUUCCUUACGUCCAGAGAUUCGAACAAUUACUUGUCAGCAUAUGGGAUCGUGAUGAGCUAGAUGGUAGUUUCGUGAACUGGGCGGCCGUCAGGUACUACGAAUUUCCUGGUCUGGUUAUGUUCUGA